AUGGAACCUCCGAAUAAGCGUCAGAAGAAGGUCCUCUUUGCCGAGAGCGGCUCAGAAGAUGAAGCCGUUACAGAGGACUUCAAGCUCAAUGUCAAUAAGGAGUAUGCCAGGCGCUUUGAAUACAACAAGAAGAGAGAGGAGAUGGUACAGCUUGAGAACAAGCUUGGAAAACGAUCACUCUCAAAAAGCAAGCCGCCCGCAGACGAAGAGGAAGAUGAAGAAGAAUCUGACUCUGAGGAUUCGGAAGAGGAGGAUGAUGCUGCGGAACUUGUGACUGAGGCGCUCGAUGAGGAAAUCGCUGCUACACUGCAGGCUAUAAGGUCCAAGGACCCGAAAGUGUAUGACCCGAAUGCGAAGUUUUACACUACCCUGGAUGAGACAGAAAAUGCAGAGGGAAUCAAAUCGGAGGCUUCCAAGGCGGAAAAACCCAUGUACCUGAAAGACUACCAUCGUCAGAACCUACUCAGUGGCCAGGCCGCGGUGGAGGACGAUAAAGAGGCUGCGCCGAAGACGUACGCUCAGGAACAGGAAGACUUGAAACGGUCGAUUGUUAAAGAAAUGCACUCAACGGCAGAGAAUGGGGAGCAUGAUGAGGAGGAGGAAGACGAUGGAUUCCUGGUCCGCAAAGAGAAAAUACCAAUGCCCAAGUCUGACCGACCUACGAUAACAGAUAAGGAUGUUGCUGAGGCGGACCAAGACCCUGAACUAUUUCUGUCAAACUUCAUGGCAUCUCGUGCCUGGGUGGCUACGUCAAAAUCCAGCUUCCAGCCCCUGGAAUCCGAUGAUGAAGAGGAAGACAAGAAAGCCGAGCAGUUCGAGGAAGCUUAUAACCUACGAUUUGAAGACCCCAAUAAGCUCAAUGAAGUUAUUCGCACCCACGCUCGUGAUACCACAAACAAGUAUUCAGUCCGAAGGGAAGAGGUCAGCGGCCGCAAGCGUCAACGAGAACUGGAACGACAGAGAAAAGAGGAAGAGAAGAAGCAACGUGAAGAGGAGCGAGCAAGACUACGAAAACUGAAGAUUGAGGAGCUUGAAGAGAAGCUUGCCAAGAUAAAGAAGGCAGCCGGCGUAAAGAGCAGCGAUUUUGCAGAUGAAGACUGGGGAAGGUUCCUCGAUGAAGGCUGGGAUGAUGAGAAAUGGGAGCAGGAGAUGAAACGGCGGUUUGGAGAUGAGUAUUAUGCUGCGAAUGAGGAAGAGGAUGAAAGUGGUGACGAGGAGGGCGGCUCCCCAAAGAAGCGCAGGCUGAAGAAGCCUAAAUGGGAUGAUGACAUUGACAUUGGUGACCUUGUGCCAGACUUUGACGAGGAUCUAGACGUGGACAUCGACAUGGAUGAUGAAGAUGAAGACGAGGGCGCUGAAGGAGAAAGCCAAAGUGGAGGGAAGAAGUCCAAGAAGCAGAUGCUCCAGGAGAAGAAGGACAAGCAAAAGGAAGCCAAACGAGAACGACGAAAGAUCGAGGCUCUGGCUGACAAGUCCCUCGAGCUCGAACCGUCUCUGCUACCGGGUUCCUCAAAGAAGUUUGGGGGCACUUUCCGCUACCGUGAAUCGUCACCUGUCUCAUUCGGCCUGACUGCCCGUGACAUCUUGAUGGCAGACGACGCUCAGCUGAACCAGUACGCCGGCCUGAAGAAGCUGGCCAGUUUCCGGGACGCAGAGAAGAAGAGGCGAGACCACAAACGUCUGGGUAAGAAGGCUAGACUGCGAGAAUGGCGCAAGCAGACGUUUGGUACUGAAGAGCCGCCGGAGUUGACUGCUGAGGCUGUCCCUGCCGGCAGUACUGGAAAUGCUGACGGGGAGACCACGGUAGACAUCCGAGAGGGCAGCAGCAAGCGCCGCAAACGGUCAAGGAAGCACUGAUGUAUUUAUAUAUGACUAUGCUCGGUUCUGUGUAUGCCCUUGAUAAAUACUGAUUACUCCGUACUAGACAUCUGAAUGAAGCGUCACUGCGUGUUGAUGUCUUGCUUUGGGCGUCACUUUGAUGUACCUUGCUGACUAAGCCGCCCAGCCCUGACGAUCUCCAAAGCUUCUCCUUGGAACAGCCUGAGCUCCGAUGCACGAAAGCUGCAACAACAGCGUCUACUCCGUACUGUGCGAGCAGCCUGUCUUUGCAGCACGCUGGAGCAGGACUCCGUAUAUAUCUCAGCGUUGCUGCAAAAAGAAGCCUGCAUCCCAGGUUCCUCGUACUCCCACUGGCAGAUUAGUGUUGCAAGAUAAAUUACAGCAUGCGUUCCGGCAGUACCAGCCUUGCCGCCGUCUUGGCGCCAGCAAGAAGGCCAGCUGACGGUAUCAUUACCGCGUAACGGGAGAGCCAAAAGCCCUGCCUGCUGCACCUCAUGCCUGCGCCUGUGGGUAGCGUCGCCCUCUGCUCCUCCACCCCCAGCCCCAGCUUCGUCUCUCGCUUUGCCUCCCUGGAGACGGCGCGGCGGUUACCUAGGCAGCGCCAGAGAAGCAAGACCGCCGAUGUCUGGUCUCUGGUUUUGCCCCGAGUGGAUUCUUCAGCAGCAGCAAGCCCAGCGACUCGUAGCCAGUAGCCAGUAGCCAGCAGCCAGCAGCCACC